AUGAGGGCCACUCAGCCCUUGCUAUGCCGCGCUCUUUCCUCGAUACGACCCAUGACUCGAACAACAUGGAUGGCAAACCGAAGAACCAUAUCCAUAGUUCCACCUCCGUGGCGCCCUGCCUCUGUCUUGGACAAGUGGGUCGAACGAGAAGCAAGGCCUAUUAGUCUACGCCAGCUUACUUUCUUUGGCCGACUACUGACCGAUAUUCGUCUGCUCGGAUCCGCAAAUUAUGUUAGACUUGAAUUGCCUACUAGGAUUGCACACAGGCUGCGAGACAUGCAGACGCUACCGUACGCCGCUCUAGUCAACCCUCACAUCAGUCAUGUCUACGAACUAUAUUACUCGGCCUUUGAGAAAUUACGAAAAGUUCCCGAGAUCAAGACUCUAGAGGAUAACGAUGCGUUUUGCGACAUCGUUCGCGAGCAGCUAAGAGAACAUCUAAGCGUUAUCCCUCGACUUGCCAUGGGAGUACUGGAGAUCUCCGAAGCUAUACCAAGCGAUCAAUGCGACAAACUGGUCAACUCCCUCUUGAGAUCGCGGAUCAGUCGACGAGUCAUCGCCGAGCAGCACUGUGCUCUGACAAAAGCAUUCCUUUCACCGGACCAUCUUCCACCCGCAGCGAAACUUCACCCGGAACACGGUGAUGAGUUCGUUGGCGAGAUAUUCCUCCGCUGCAAUGCAAAAGAGAUCGUCCAGGAGUGCGCAGAGACGAUAGGCAACCUUGCCAAACAGGCAUACGGCCCCGACGUAGCGUUGCCAGAGGUGAUCAUCCAAGGCGCAGAAGACAUUUUUUUCCCUUACAUUCCCAGCCAUCUGGAGUACAUAAUCGGCGAGCUCCUGCGAAACUCUUUCCAGGCGACAGUGAACCGACAUGGCUCGGAUCCUCCCCCAAUCGAAGUCUUGAUUUGCGAGGCUGCACAGCAUGUCAUCAUUCGAGUAUCAGACCAAGGAGGUGGUAUUGACCAUGAUAGUCUUUCCAACCUAUGGUCUUUUAGCAAAGGACCAGAACGUAACAGAAGACUUAGGAACCUGGAGCAAGUCCCCAAGCUAGCAGCAACACUUCAGGAUUUGAAAGUCCCGGAAUUAGGAUCAGCCAAAAAGCACGACCAAAAGCAGACACGCUUCGACCACUCUUUGGGAUCGUUGUCCGGUAGACAUCCUGACCUUCGUUUGGGGAUCGGGCUUCCGAUGAGUCGAAUCUUUGCUGAGUACUGGGCUGGAAGUCUUGAAGUCCACAAUUUAGAAGGCUAUGGAGUGGAUGCCUUCCUUCAAAUCAGCAAGCUCGGCAAUAAGAACGAGACAUUGAGCACCAGAACCAGCAUGGACGCGUUGUAG